ACAGGUGAUACUUAUCCUGUCGGAUGCGCGCCUUCACAGACGAUUGUUUUCGGGAUCGACAGUUUUGAAGGGAAUCCUGACCUACAAAAUCCAAAAUAUAAUACCGAGCUCGGUAUGUACAGCGCCGGAAUUGGACUCGAAAACUUGAAGAUGUGCUGGAGCCAUGACGAAUACAUGUAUCAGGUUCUGAUCAACCAUGGAUCAACUCUGCCUGAAGAAGCUCUUUAUGCGAUUCGAUUUCACUCGUUCUACCCAUAUCACUCCCACAAUGCCUACCGACAAUUCAUGAACGACAAAGAUCGUCAGUACGAAAGUGCGGUGCUGGAACUCAAUGGCUGUGAUCUGUACUCGAAAAACGACGAGAAGCCGGACAUCGCAGAACUGAAGCCCUACUAUCAAUCUCUCAUCGAUAAAUAUAUUCCUGGACAGGUUAAAUGGUAG